GAUAAAAUACAGUGCGAGCAGAUCCUACUUCUCCUGCGCGGUUUAGCCAGUGUCCGUUAGUGUGUUUACCCUUUACUGUACAGUGUCUUUUUAGCGUUCACUAUCAGGGUCUGUCUGUGCAUUGAGCAGUAACUUAAAAUGCGAAGACUGAAGGAAUAAUCUCUGUUAAAACUAUGGUACCGCAGUCAGAUAAGUGUUUCUUGAAUUCUGUGCAUUACUGACAGGGGCCUUGCUUGUGGUGAACGAUCUGCUGCUGUUCAGAGAUCUUGCCUGUGUGCAGGGAUGUGACCAUGCUGAGCCGUCUGCAGGAGCUGAAGAAGGAGGAGGAGACGCUGCUGAAGGUCAAGGCCAUGCUGCAGGACCAGCUCACCAGGCUGAAGGUGGAGGAGCUGACCUUAAGGUCUAUGAUCAGCACUGACAGAGAGGGCUGCUCUGCUCAGCUUGCCUGCACUGAGGGCCCUGCGCAGCUGGACAACGAGAGCCAGAUCAAUCAGACGGAGCUGCGGCUGACCGCCACAAUUGAUCAGGAGAUGGAGGAGGACGAAGAGGAAGAGGAAGAGGACUGAGCUCUUCCCGCUGCUUCCCAGAUAGAUGGCCGAACCCCAGCCAGAAUGCACUGUACUGUCCUUUGCUGUACUGAAUGUGAUACUUGAAAUUAUCAUUUGUUCGCCUAUUUUGGGGGUUUGCACCUGCUGUUUCUGGACAUUUAUCCUGUUUUUUCACCACGCCUCUUUUGGAGGGCAAGCUCUCGCUGGGCUGACACAGACGACACGGAUGCUCACCCCUGCGUCUCCUCUCUGUUCCCCAGCUUCUGACUUCCCCAUCUGGGGCCAUUCUGCAUUUUUCUUUUAGGUUUGCACAUUUCACUCUGAGCUUGGAAAAAUGUGUGUUUAUACUGUGUUCCUGAAGUUAACUGAAAGAAUUUCCACCCUCUGCGCUCUUCUGCCUGGCCAGCAGCAGCGUGGAAAGAGUGGUGCAGCACAGGCUAAGCCAGGCCUGUGGCUGCUGUUAAUCAUUCCCCCUGAGCUCCCAGUAAACGAAUUGAUGUACAGUGCUACCCUCCUAUAAUGUGAUCUGUUAUAGAGCUUCCGUUUCCCGGUUUGGCCUGAACUGCUUUUAUUCUAGAUGUGAAAACAAACUCUCAGUGUAGCAAAACGAGUCCAGAGUGUUGCCGUGUAUAAACGUCCUAGGAUCUGGCGUUCUUUCUAGUUCAUAACUGUUAUUAUUCCAUGAUCCAAUUUCAGUUUGCAGUGCAGAUGAAACUGGAGGAUGGUGGUUUCUGUUAUUUAUACUGUAGGUAUAUAAUGUACAAAACAACACUCUCUCCCACUUAUGGACCCCAGCACCCACAUUAUAAAGCUACAGUAAUGUGCUUAAUCAGAGGCUUUUAAUUGUUUUCAGCUGUAUUGUAAGUAUAACUUGGUCUGGCUGACCAAAUGGAGGUGUCAUCUGGGUAACUGAGAGCUGUGCUGGAAUGAAAACCAGAAGCCACACGUUUCAUCCGAGACCAGUGCUGGAAACUCCUUUCCCUGCCGUGUGCUGUAUAAUUGAGCUGAGCCAUGGCCUGCCAGGAUUCUUUGAUGGCUUGGCAGGAGAGUGUGUGAAUUCUGUGCUGUUAGCGCUGUAAAUAAAUACGAGAUCUUGG